UUCCUGCGGCCUCGAACUCGGCAAGGAGAGCCUUCGAGAAGCGGCGCCGACGUGCUUCCUAGAGCGGCAACCAGGCGCCUUUACCUCUCUGACCACGCCUCUUCCGGUUCCCCCGGCUUCCGGCUUCCGGCGAAGCAAGACCCUGAGGCUCUGCCAUGUCGGCCUUGCGCGGGGCCGUCCACGCCAAGUGGAUCAUCGGGAAGGUCAUCGGGACCAAGAUGGUCAAGACGGCCAAAGUCCGCGUCACCCGCCUCGUCCUCGACCCACAUCUCCUCAAGUUCUACAACAAGCGCAAGACGUACUUUGCGCACGACCCGGAGCAGCGCUGCACGGAGGGGGACGUUGUGCUCCUGAGGGCCCUGCCCGAGCGACGCAGCCGCCACGUCAAGCACGCCCUGGCCGAGAUCGUCUUCAAGGUCGGCCGAGCCACCGACCCCCUGGCCGGGCCGCCCUCCCCGGGCACCCCCGGCAGCCUCACCCAGAGGGACGCCUCCUGCCUCGGACAGAAGCUCCGGGACCUGGCCCUCCGCCAGGACAAGUGAGCCCCACACAAUAAAGCCCCCUCCCCUUCCCA